UACCAUUACAGUGAUUUGAGUAUACAAAUCGAUCAUCGACACAAUCGAUUUUAUCAUUGGCUUUAUUUUGUUUUCAUUUAAAUAACGAUGACAUAACAGUAACUUCGAAGUUUGCCUCUCCAAAUUGUAUGUCACUUAAGUCAUAAAACGGAAUGUAGAGAUUCGUGUUCGCAGCUGCACUUUUAUUGUUUUAUAUUGUUAUACUUUAUAUGUUACGAAUCUUUUGAGACUCUAAAUUUAUUGACUAUAAACACAUCUUUCUAUCUUAUUCAUAAAAAGGGAAAUAGUUUUUGAUUGUUAUUAACUAUAUGUAAUAAUAUUAAGUACAAAAUGGAAGUAGUGGAGAUACAGAAUACAAAGAAGCAGUUUCAACUACCAUGCCAGAAAUCAGCAGAAUGCCCCUGUGACAUUAAAGUAACGAACCCACUAAUUUUUCUAUUAUAAUUUCCGACUGAUAAAAUGAGUGAUUUAAUAUCGUGCAUAUCUAGUGCACAAGAAAAUACGUGCAACCGUCUCGAGCAAAGUCAUUCGCUCCUGUGAGAACGUAUAAGCCUCCUUCAAAAUUAUUCGAAAAUAAUACCACAUAUCACUUAUCAUAUUUAAACGUGGAUCAUGCGGAAAUGCGACGCAGCCGAUCUCAACCUAUCCGACCCAAACCUACUCUCACUAAAUCCGAUGCUCGAUUUCUCGGUGAAACGACUACUCAAUUGAGUUACAAACAUAUUGGGAGUAUUCCUAAAACAAAACCAAUCAUACCCAGGCAAAGGCCGAUGAUCGGAUCUGGUCGAAUGGAGUCUGUUACCACAAUUCGUCAGGAUUACCCGCGUAAAUAUGUGGACAAACCAGAAAUUAUAAUACCUUGUGGGAACAUUCGUUUAAGUUCUGGCAAGCUGGAUGCUAGUACCACAGCGAAACUUUCUUAUACAGACCCAGGCUGUACGGAACCGACAUUGAACUUUAAACCCAUAGCGAUUUACUAUCCACCUAGUGAACCGAUUCUUACUGAUACUACACAGAAGUUAAGUUAUCAACCUGUUCACAUUCCAGAAAGAGAUACGUACUCCUGGCAGCAGAAACCAAUCUACCAAGCUCCAGAUGUUGCUAUGUGCGGAAAGACAACGUACUCUGAAAGUUUCUUAAAGAACGAAGAGCCAUGCAUGGAGAAACCUGUACGGCCGACUGCUGCCAAUGUCUUUCCUAUCGGUGGUGAAUUUCACUCAGAUACUAUUUAUAAACAAAGCUAUUUGCAAUCGGCUAUCAUUGAACGAGUGGAACCUGUUAUUCCUUGCAAUGCUAUCUCGAAACCUGAUGGCAAAAUUUCAACAGAUACAACAAGCAAAUUGAGUUAUCUACCGGUCCAAAGCGAAAGACGUUUGCCGAUAUUACCUCGAAGCAGAAACAUGAUAGGCGAUGGUCUAAUGCAAUCCGAAACUACCAACCGUUGCGAUUUUGUGGAAAAAAUUACGUUACGACCGGAUCUCGUUAUUCCAUGUGAUAAUCUUCGAAGCCCGGAUACACCUAUUGACGACAGAACUACAACGAAACUAUCUUACGCGAAACCUGGACAAGUAGAGUGGGUUAAAAGCUUUAAACCUGUCGUUCAGUAUCAGAGAUCUGAAAAAAUUGAAUAUGACACUAUAAACAAACUAUCGUAUCAGUCUUGGACUCCACUUCCCAAGGAACAUAUACCAUGGGCAUCUAAAGAAAAAUAUCAACCACCUUCAGAUCCUAUGUGUGCUGAUACUAUUUAUCAAGUCAGUUAUCCUGCACCCGGAUAUUACGAAGAUACUUGCAUGCCAGCUAAUUGCGAAUGUUUGGAUUUCAAAUACGACAAUCUCCCAGCACAAAUAUGUGAAACUGUGACGUGUGAAUGAAAUACGAAUAAAAAUAGUUGCAAUCUGAGUAACAAAACUUCUGUAUAACUUCUCUAUUUUCCCAUAUAUACAUUUCUAUCGUAUAUUAUAAUAAAUAUUUAGAGGAAAAAAUAUUAA